UUCAUAACCUAUUGGAUAUUAACACUGAUAUCAAAUAAGUAUAUAGUCUAAAAAGAAAUUUUUAUAUUAUUUAAAAAAUAAAAUAAUCUUUAAAUUAAUUUAAAAUAAUAAUAAUGAAUACUAAAGAUAAUAGUAAUAGUAAUAAUAAUGAUAAUGAUAAUGAUAAUUUAUUAUCAUCAUCAGUGAUAGUGGUUAAAGCUAAACCAGUGAGGAAAGUUUUUAAAGCCGGAGCUGUUCGUGUAAAUAAAAUACCUCAAGAAUUAUUAAAUGAUCAAAUAUUGAAUGCUGCUAUUGCAGCUUUACCUGAAAAUUAUAAUUUUGAAAUUCACAAAACAAUAUGGAGAAUACGAGAAUUAAAAGCAAAAAGAGUUGCACUUCAAAUGCCUGAAGGUCUUUUAAUUUAUGCAACAACAAUAGCUGAUAUAAUUCAAGAUUUUACUGAGGCUGAAACUGUUAUUAUGGGUGACGUUACUUAUGGAGCAUGCUGUGUAGAUGAUUUUACUGCUCGUGCUUUAAAUAUUCAUCUUUUAAUUCAUUAUGGGCAUUCAUGCUUAAUACCGAUUGAUCAAACUCAAGGUAUUAAAGUUUUAUACAUAUUUGUGGACAUAAAAAUCGAUACAGCGCAUUGUAUAGAUUGUUUAAAAGCAACAUUACCUGUAAUAACUAAAAUAGCUCUCGUUAGUACAAUUCAGUUUGCUGGAACUUUACAAGUUAUUGCUAAAGAAAUGAGAAAUGGAGGAUAUGAAACAACUGUUCCUCAAAGUAAACCUUUGAGCCCUGGAGAAAUAUUAGGAUGUACUGCACCACAAAUACGAUGUGCAGAUGCUUUAAUUUAUAUUGGGGAUGGACGUUUUCAUUUAGAAGCAGCUAUGAUUGCAAAUCCAAAGCUUUGUGCUUAUAGAUAUGAUCCGUAUGAAAAAAAACUUAGCCAAGAAUUUUACGAUCACGAUACAAUGCGAGUUGUUAGACAAAAUGCUAUUGAAAAUGCAAAAAAUGGAAAUACAAUCGGCCUUAUUCUUGGAACCCUUGGACGUCAAGGUAAUCCAAUUGUAUUAAAGUCUCUUGAGAAAAGAAUUGAAUAUUUAGGAAAGAAAAAUGUUAUUAUAUUGAUGUCUGAAAUUUUUCCCGGUAAAAUAUCAAUGUUUUAUGAUAUUGAUGCCUUUAUACAAAUAGCAUGUCCACGAUUGAGCAUUGACUGGGGAACAGCAUUUAACAAACCACUUUUAACUCCUUAUGAAGGAGCUGUUGCGUUAAAUCUUUCAAAAUAUGAUUUAGACAAACCAUAUCCAAUGGAUUUUUAUGCAUCAUCAAGUCUAGGGCCAUGGACACCUAAUUAUAAGCCAGAAACAGAGCUUGAGAAACAGAGUGAUACUUGUUGUGGAAAAUGUAAAUAAUAAUAAUAAGAUUUUCAUUAGCUGAAUAUUAUUAUAUUUUUAUCAUUCAAUUUAAAAUAUAAAAGCUCCAGCUUGAA